UUUUUAAGGAUAAAUGGGUUUUGAAUUUGAUGUGGGGUUCUUACCUGCGUGACAUAUCAACUGUGGAGAAGAUGGUGGAGAAAGGUUCUUCACAUGUUGUGCGGUGAAUGGUAGUCAGUGUCAAACUUAUACGGCUUUUCUUGUUUAGGAUUAUAUUCCAACCUUAUCUUCAUUUUUUUUAUACCAUUUUCUCUUUCUCUCUCUCCUUCCUUUUCUACGUGUCAAGUAACAUCUAGUUGACAACAAAACAGUAGUCAAAUAUGCAAUUAUGCAUAACGUAUCCAUUUAGAUCUAUGAUUGCCCGUUAGCAUUAGGACCCUCCUUAGACACAAAGCUAAGAUCAUGAACAUAUGUGUAUUGGUUACUGCAUAUUUGUUAUGUGUUGCUAGUAUAUUACAGAACCAUGAACUCCUUGAGAGCUAAAGGAAGUCGCCACCAACAACAAAAAAGCAAAUUUUCAAUGUUUCCCGAAGCAACAAAACUCUUUCCUCCCCAGUCUUACAUUUCCAGUAAGUUACAGUUUCUCAAGUCUUAUCCUCUUUGCUAUUAUGUUUGUGAUGUGGUUUGAGUGUCUUUGACUGGCAACUAAGGCCAAAGACUGUUCAACAUAUAUUAUCUGCUGACGCUUCUUGAUGAAGUACAAGUAGAAGAAGAAGUACGUAGGAAGAGUUUUGGCCGCCAGAGUUAUCUCGUCCUCUCAAAAAUAUUCCUGGGAUCAUAAAUCUAUCUUUGUCAACCAUGAACACGCAUCAAGUUCCAGAGUAUGUUGAAACCGAUCCCACUGGACGCUACGGACGUUUUGAAGAAGUUCUUGGAAGGGGAGCGAUGAAGACAGUGUACAAAGCAAUCGACGAGAUGCUGGGAAUAGAAGUAGCGUGGAGCCAGGUGCAGCUAAAAGAGGUUCUCCGUUCCUCUGUUGAUAUACAGAGGCUAUACUCCGAGGUUCAUCUUCUCAGCACUCUAAACCACAAAUCUAUCAUUCGUUUCUACACUUCCUGGAUCGAUGUUCGUUCACACACACUCAACUUCAUCACCGAGUUGUUCACUUCUGGGACCCUCCGACAAUACAAAAACAAGUACUUUCGGAUAGAUAUUCGAGCAAUCAAGUCCUGGGCUCGGCAGAUCUUGGAAGGGCUUGUUUAUCUCCACGGCCACGACCCUCCUGUGAUACAUAGAGACCUUAAGUGUGAUAACAUCUUUGUUAAUGGACAUCUUGGACAAGUCAAAAUAGGCGAUCUUGGUCUUGCAAGAAUGCUCCGGGACUGCCACGCUGCCACUAGUGUCAUCGGCACUCCCGAGUUCAUGGCUCCAGAACUAUACGAGGAGAACUAUAAUGAACUCAUUGACGUGUAUUCCUUUGGUAUGUGCUUUUUGGAGAUGAUCACCUCUGAGUUCCCGUAUAGUGAGUGCAAAAAUCCAGCGCAGAUUUACAAGAAAGUUGUUGCGGGAAAGCUACCAGGAGCCUUUUACAGAGUUGGAGACAUAGAGGCGCAGAGGUUCAUUGGGAAAUGCCUCGUGCCUGCCUCAAAGAGAGUGUCAGCAAGAGAGCUAUUGCAAGAUCCAUUUCUAUCGUCUGACGAGUCCUGGAUGGUGUACGCGAGAGGUGCUGUGAAUCUGAAGCCUUUCUUGAACGAGAAUGAAAUGGACAGACUGAAGUUGGAGGAUGAUGAGUUAGGAGGAAGGAGCCGUAUGACCAUCACUGGGAAGCUGAACGCUGAAGAUAAUACAAUCUUUCUCAACGUACUAAUCGCAGAUGAAAAUGGUAAGGCAAAGAGGGUUUCUUUUCCCUUUGACAUCAUGAAUGAUACUUCUAUUGAUGUUGCCAAGGAGAUGGUAAAAGAACUCGAGAUCACAGAUUGGGAGCCAGUCCAGAUUGCUAAAAUGAUUGAUGGAGAGAUCUCUUCUUUGGUGCCUGGUUGGAGGUACGAGGAGGAAGAUGCUCAUGAUGAGGCGAAUUCUCAGAGUUCUUCCAAUUCAGGAUCAUAUUCCAACGUCAACUACAUAUCUGUUGAUGAGCACAGCUCUCAACCUGAUGCUAAGACCAGAACUCGCAACAUGACGAGGUUCUGUCCUGAAGAAAGAUCCCAUCUACAUUCAGGACACGACAACGUAUGUGCAGCUUCCAGUUCGAGUAACUGGAGAUUGACAUCAGACAACCGCGCGCUUACAAGGAACCGCUCACUUGUAGACGUGCAGAGGAAGUUACUGCAGCGGUCGCUGGUGGAAGAGGCUAGGAAGAGAAGGUUAUUCAAAACUGUUGGAGACGUAGAAAAUGUUGGGUUUCAGUCUCCUUAUGCUGUUUCCAGAAAGCCAAGGAGCUCAAGGCGCUAAGCUUCUUUUGAACAUACUGUAGAUUUUCUGUUCAUGUAAUAUCGUGUAAUGUGAAGAUACUGUAGAUUUGAAGAUACGGCUUAUGUUUCCAUAUAAUAACAAAGGGGUUUAUUUACUUCA